GGGCGCGCCGGAAGUGGUGGCUGCGAGGUUGAGGCCGGGGCCGGGGCCGGUGCCCGCCAUGGAGCUGGGCCGCGCGGGCCCGGCCGGCCUGCUGCUGCUGUUGCCGCUGCUCCUGGCGGCACAGGCUGCGCCGGAGCGGGACCCGUACCGAGUGCUGGGCGUGGGCCGCUCCUCCAGCCAGGCCGACAUCAAGAAGGCGUACAAGCGGCUGGCCCGGCAGUGGCACCCGGACAAGAAUAAGGACCCGGGCGCUGAGGAUAAGUUCAUCCAGAUCAGCAAGGCCUACGAGAUUCUCUCCAAUGAGGAAAAGAGGGCAAACUUUGACCGCUAUGGAGAUGCUGGGGAGAGCCAGGGCUAUUCCCAGCACCAGCAGCGCCAGUUCCACCACUUCCACGAAGGCUUCUACUUUGAUGAGUCCUUCUUCCACUUCCCCUUCAAUUCAGAGAGACGCGAUACCUCCGACGAGAAGUAUUUGCUCCAUUUUUCACAUUACAUCAAUGAAAUCGUGCCAGAUAGUUUCAAGAAACCAUACCUCAUUAAAAUCACCUCGGACUGGUGCUUCAGCUGCAUCCACAUCGAGCCCGUGUGGAAGGAAGUUGCUCAGGAACUGGAGGCACUGGGAGUGGGCAUUGGGGUCGUUCAUGCUGGGUACGAGAGGCGCCUGGCCCAUCACCUCGGUGCUCACAGCACGCCGUCGAUACUGGGACUGAUUAAUGGGAAGAUAACCUUCUUCCACAGCGCCGUCGUUCGAGAAAACCUGCGGCAGUUUGUGGAGAACCUGCUGCCAGGGAACCUCGUAGAAAAGAUUACAGAUAAAAACUACAUCCGCUUCCUGUCUAACUGGAAGAAAGAAAACAAGCCCCACGUCCUUCUGUUUGAUCACAUGCCAGUUGUGCCAUUAUUGUACAAGCUGACUGCCUUUGCAUACAGAGAUUACUUGUCCUUUGGUUACGUGUAUGUGGGGCUCAGAGGGACUGAAGAGUUGUCCAGUCAGUACAACAUCAACGUCUACACGCCGACCCUGAUGAUCUUCAAGGAGCACAUCGACAAGCCCGCUGAUGUGGCACAGGCACGAGAUAUGAAGAAGCAGCUCAUUGAUGACUUCCUUUCCCAGAAUAAGUUCCUCAUGGCAGCCAGACUGACCAAUCAGAGGCUGUUUCAGGAGCUGUGUCCUGUGAAGAAGUCACACCGUCAGCGAAAGCACUGUGUGGUCCUGCUCACCGGAGAAGGCGAUAAGUUUGCUGAUGCUUACGAGGCAUUUUUGACCUUUGCUGUGGCCAACACAAAAGACACACUGAGGUUUGCACACAUCUAUAAUGAUCGACAGCCAGAAUUUGCAGAUGCCUUGCUGAUGGAUGAGGAGAAGUACCGUGGGAAAUCAGCUGUGGUCAUUUUGGAGAGGCGCAACAACGCAGGGAAGAUUGCCUAUAAAACCUUGGAGGAGGCCUGGCAAGGCAGCAACGAGGACAACUUCAUCCUUCUGGAUCUCCUGGACCAGCUAAGGACAGACCCUGGUCUUCUCUCCUCAGAGACUGUCCUGGCAGACUUGAAUGAUGAGCUUGCUCCUAUGUUCCUUAUCCGAUGGUUCUAUUCCACACUAGACUAUAUCUUGGACUGCUGGGACAGCUUGUUUCAUAGCAACUGGCGAGAAAUGAUGCCCCUGCUGUCCUUGCUCUUCUCUGCACUCUUCAUUCUCUUUGGCACUGUUAUUGUUCAGGCCUUCAGUGAUUCCAGUGACACAAGGGACUCUCCUGCCUCUGAGAAAAAAGACACCACUGCAAAGACCGAGAAGAACGACACAAGCUUCAACAAAGAGAGUAACAGCAGGGUUCCCAAAAAGGGCUUUGUCGAGGUGACAGAACUGACAGACAUCAACUACAACAGUAACCUGGUGCGCCUCAGGCCGGGCCACAUGAACGUGGUCUUGAUUCUUUCUAACUCCACCAAAACUGCCCUCCUCCAGAAGUUUGCCCUGGAAGUCUACACAUUCACAGGGAGCAGCUCUCUUCAUUUCUCCUUCCUCAGCCUGGACAAGCACCGUGAGUGGCUGGAGUACCUGCUAGAGUUCGCACAGGACGCUGCCCCCAUCCCCAAUCAGUAUGACAAGCAUUUCCUCGAGCGUGACUACACGGGCUACGUGCUGGCUCUGAACGGCCACAAGAAAUACUUCUGCCUCUUUAAGCCUCACAGAUCAGGGGACGAAGGGGGAACCCUGGGGGCGUGCGAGGACUAUGAUUCCUCACUACACACCGAAGCCAGAGGGAAAUCUUCCUGCAGCCCAGGAUCUAGAUCCCUUAAAAACAAAUUACAUAAAUUGUCCUUUUGGAUGGAACGCCUUCUCGAAGGCUCCUUACAGAGGUUCUAUAUCCCCUCAUGGCCUGCACUAGACUGAGGGAUUUUAAGAGAUUCUAACAGACACAAUUUUUAUGAAGAUGCCGAGGGACAGCUCUCUCCAGGUCUAAACAAAUGAUGGUGAUGAAUGGACCUUAGGUUUUAGGUGAACUCUCCGAGGGCCGGUGACCGGAAAAAUCUCCCCGCAUCCAGAGCCUGGGAGUGCAACGAAGCGUGCUGAAACGCCCUCCACCAAACCAUCCUCAUAUUUGGAUGCUGUGCUGUCAAAGAGCCAAGAAGUCCUUUUUUUUUUCCUUUCUCAUCUUGCCACGCCUGCUUCCUGGGCCGCCCCCGAGCCAUCCCUCAUUUCACCUCAGAUGAAUAAAAGCCGUGAUUUCUGCUGCGGCAGUGUGGCUGGUUACACAGGGCAGGUCGUGGCUCUCCUCUCGCUUCCUCGUGUGCUUAGCCCAUGGUGCAUGGUGUAACCCUGGCAAGACCCUCCAGACUCUCCCAGCAGUCAGCCGUACCCCUCAGUUCCCCCUGGGUAAGUGACCUGGAGUGUGGCUGGGAGCACCUCCCUCGGAGCAGCCCUGUAGCUGGCACUCACCCGUGGCGUGGGCUGGGAGGUGAUCUGCAUGUUUCAUGCUCCUUGCAUAAUAGUUCCACCGUAACCAGGGAGGGAGGGAGGGGUUUUGAACAGCCGUAAAUACUGUAACGGUGUUGAGCCAUUUAAAUGUCACAUUGUUUUCCGAUGCCUUCCUGCUUCUGUCAGUUUUAGAGGAUGUAUCUUAGAGCCAUAACUUUAACUGUGUCCUCAGAUUGUAGGCAUAUGCUGCUAUGAGCCAGUAGAUGUGUAGAAGAAACUCUACCUAGCUGCUAGGGAGCCAGCGGGGGCUCCUUUCAAACACCCUUACAUCUGUAGUACAAACCAACCUUUCUUUGUAUCAAGGAACCUAAUUUGUCAAUGAUUGUACUCCUGAAACGUUGCCCCAGAAGUGCUGUACCACCAGACCGUCGCUUACGUGUGAGGCUCCUUUUGUUUUAGGGAUGGGUUUAAGAUGCUUUGUCAUCUGACCCAUUCCGUUCCUGCCACAAACCUUUGUUUCUCAACAUGCAGGCUGCCUUGGGUUUUCUGUUGUUUUUGUUGUUGUUGUUUUACACGUAGGUCUGUGUAAAGCUCGUGCAGUCGCAAAGCACUGAGUCCCACACUGGGGUACAGGCUGCCCGUUGUGAGCUGGGGGAGGCAAGCAGCAGGUGCUGGGGUGCUUGUAGCUCCUCCAACCAUAACAGAAAGCCAAAGGGUUUCCUUCCAUAGUCAGGACUGAAAUCCUGCAGGGUCCUAACCUGGAGCUCAAGCCAAUUUGCUGCCUGCAUUACUUUGAUGCACAAAACCUUGGCCUGUUGCAUUCCCAGCACGCUGGGAGCAGCUUCACCCACUGUUGGCCAUCCCAGCACUGUGUGCAGUGUACUCCCAAAUAAACAUGGCCGUGCUGCCAACCACCCUUAUGUGAGGCUGCUGGAUUUUAGCUCAGCGGGCCCUGGGCCUCAGCUGCAGGAGUGAGGCACUGAAAUUGGGGGAAGGAAGGAAUAAGAGGUCUUCUCCCUGCUGAUGAGCUACAGGGCACACACGUGGUGUAACAGCUGGGGUUGGGGCAGGACGGUGUGUCAGCCUGAUGGUGACACAUACACACACACCAAAUUUGGAUGAGGAAUGAGGAUGGACAAACCCAUCUGCCAUCUCUUCAGCGAGUCAGAAAUCCAAGUAAACUUUUGAUGUGCAACUUAAAAAAAAAAAAGACAAAGUGCCUAGUUGUGCUACAGCAAGGGAAUUCACCCCUGGGCCAAGUAAGGAAAAGGUCUGGCCUUGUGGCCUUCAAAAUAUAAUCUCUGUGGGCUGCAGCAAUGCCAAACUGUUCUAAAAAUCACCCACUGAAGUAGUUUUGGCUGUCAUGGAGCACUGGGCACUUGCUUUCCAGUAGAAGAGCGUGGUCAGAGGCCCCUUAACUGCUGCUCACACCUGAGCUCUGCCUGCCCGCUCCCAGCAGCCCUAAGCUGAGAUCCCAAAAUCACCCCGCGUCGUAACGUAUCAUCAGCAACGCGCACCCGCUGCUCUGCUAUGCACAUGGCAGUUCGUAACCCAAAGAUUGAGGCAGUUCAGUCCUAAUGCACUAUUUGAUAAACAAGCAAGCAGCCCCACUCGGAAGCUGAAACAAAACAUCCUUACAGCAAAAAGGGAAGCGGCCCCGAGUCAGAGGUUGUCCCAAAGCCCUUCUCUUGACCGAGCGCGGCGGGAGCAGAGCCUGCCAGCAACUCGUACACUAACACAGCCUGACAAGUGGGACUGAAAACAAAGUCCAUAUUUUGCACUUUUGAUACAGGGAGGGAGGUGGGGAAUUAACUUAUUUGGCAAACUUGUCUUUUUUUUAUUUUUGGUUUGGGUUUUUUUUGUUUUUGGUUUGGUUUUUUGUUUGUUUGUUUGUUUGGUUUUUUUUUUGGCGUGUAUUUGUGAUCAGGCACUGAUGUCAUUUUGUUUUAAGACAAUUACAGAUUCGCAACCGAAAUAAACUAUUUUAAUGUGUGA